UUUUCCAAAACCUUUUGCUUUCGCAGUCUCUCACUCCGCCAAACACACAGAGAUGGGAAGGAAGAAGACAGCGAAGGAGGGAGGCGAAACGAGACCCCAAACCGAGCACUCUCCUUCCACUGUGUUCGUCUCCAACUUGCCCUACUCUUUCACUAACUCUCAGCUUGAAGAAACAUUCAGCGAUGUCGGACCGAUCAGGCGGUGCUUCAUGGUUACGCAGAAGGGGUCAACCGAGCACCGUGGUUUUGGUUUUGUUCAAUUUGCUGUCACAGAAGAUGCAAACCGUGCUAUCGAGCUGAAGAAUGGUUCAUCUGUUGGAGGUCGGAAAGUUGCAGUCAAGCAUGCUAUGCAUCGAGCUUCCCUUGAGCAGCGACGUUCAAAGGCAAAUCAAGUGGUUCAUGCAGAUGAUAACGCCAAGUCUAAGAAUGACGAGGACGGUAAUGCUUCUGGGCCAGAUAAGCAUGCUUCGAACUUGGAGGAAGCAGAGAAACCCAUGAGAGCCAGCAAAGCAGCUACACUUUCUAGUGCUCUGGCAGAUAGUGCUUCUGGGGCACAAAAGCAUGCUUCAAACUUGAAGGAAGCAGAGAAACCCACGAGAGCCAGAAAAGCAGCUACACUUUCUAGUGCUCUGGCAGAUAGUGCUUCUGGGGCACAAAAGCAUGCGUCAAACUUGAAGGAAGCAGAGAAACCCAUGAGAGCCAGCAAAGCAGCUACACUUUCUAGUGCUCUGGCAGAUAGUGCUUCUGGGGCACAAAAGCAUGCUUCAAACUUGAAGGAAGCAGAGAAGCCUGUGAGAGCCAGAAAAGCAGCUACACUUGCUAGUGCUCUGGCUGAUAAAGGGGCUUGUUCAGAAAAGCAGAGGGUUGCUAGGAGUGUCAUAUUUGGUGGUCUUCUUAAUGCUGAUAUGGCUGAAGAUGUUCACAGAAGAGCCAAGGAGAUUGGCACUGUUUGUUCUGUAACUUAUCCUCUUCCAAUAGAAGAGCUUAAACAACAUGGUCUUGUGCAAGACGGAUGUAAAAUGGAUGCUUCAGCUGUCCUUUUUACUAGUGUUAAAUCAGCGCACGCUUCUGUUACAAUGUUGCAUCAGAAAGAGAUAAAAGGGGGAAUUGUUUGGGCACGUCAGCUGGGUGGUGAGGGUUCCAAGACUCAGAAAUGGAAACUUAUUGUUAGGAAUCUUCCUUUCAAGGCCAAAGUGGAUCAGAUAAAAGAUACGUUCUCAUCAGCAGGGUUUAUCUGGGAUGUAUUUAUUCCAUGUAACCCUGAUACGGGAUUGUCUAAAGGUUUUGCAUUUCUCAAAUUCACAAGCAAACAGGAUGCUGAAAGAGCUAUUCAAAAGUUCAAUGGGCAAAAGUUUGGGAAAAGACCCAUAGCUGUUGAUUGGGCUGUUCCGAAGAAAGUAUACAACAGUGGUGCUAAUGCCAUUCUUACUUCAGAAGAUGGACAACAAGAUGGAAGAGACGAGGAAGGUGACAGUAGCAGUGAGGAUUUAGAGGGUGAUGUCGAGGACAUUGGCAAAAGAUCCCAGCAUCCUGAUGAUAUUGAUAGUGCUUCAGACGACUUUAAUACAACAGAGAAAGAAGAAAUCCCUAUUGAAGUCGAUUUUAACGAGGAAGCGGACAUUGCUAGAAAGGUUCUUAAAAACUUGAUCAUAUCCUCUGCCAAAGGAACUCUUCCUUCUCCAGUUGAUGAUAUGAUGCUGCCCAAGAGAAAUGAGGAGCUGAAUUUUGAUGAAACCAUUGAUAUACCAAAUAAUUUAUCUGAUGAGUCUGCAAAAGUAUCAGGUGGUGCUGAGCUUGUAAACACCAAUGAAAGCAAGGCAUCAGAUCCAAAACAGACCGAAGGAGAAGAGGAUCUGCAGGGAACAGUUUUUAUAAGCAACCUUCCUUUUGAUAUUGAUAAUGAAGAAGUGAAACAACGAUUUUCUGUAUUUGGCGAAGUGCAAUCCUUUAUUCCAGUCCUUCAUCGAAUCACCAAGCGCCCAAGAGGAACUGCUUUUCUAAAGUUCAAAACGGUAGAUGCAGCUACUGCUGCAGUUACAGCUGCAAAUGUUGCGUCUGGCUUGGGGAUUUUACUAAAAGGUAGGCAAUUGAAAGUUUUGAAGGCGUUGGAUAAAAAAGCAGCUCAUGAUAAGGAAUUGGAGAGGGCCACAAAUGAGGUUCAUGACUACCGCAACCUUUACCUGGCUAAGGAAGGUCUUAUUCUUGAGGGAACUCCAGCUGCAGAAGGGGUUUCAGUUAGUGAUAUGUCGAAACGCCAAAGGUUGGAGAGGACAAAGACGACUAAGCUUCAAUCUCCAAAUUUUCAUAUUUCGAGGACUAGACUGAUUAUAUAUAAUUUACCAAAGUCGAUGACUGAAAAAGGACUUAAAAAGCUUUGCAUUGAUGCAGUUACCUCGCGAGCAACCAAGCAAAAACCAGUGAUUAAGCAGAUAAAGUUCAUGAAGGAUACAAAGAAAGGAAAGGUUGUUGCAAAGAACAACUCUCGAGGAGUUGCUUUUGUUGAGUUUACUGAGCAUCAACAUGCACUUGUGGCCCUGAGAGUGCUUAACAAUAAUCCAGAAACUUUUGGUCCUGAAUAUCGCCCAAUUGUGGAGUUUGCUGUUGAUAAUGUUCAGACAUUGAAGCAACGGAAAGCUAAGCUACAGGGUCAGCAGCGUGCCACCCGUGAUGAUCAAACAUAUGUGCGGCGGCAGAGUGAUGAAACUUCCACGCCAGGCGCACAUCCGAACGAAAGGAAUUCCCAAAAAAGGAAAUCCAGAGGUGAUGAAACUAACACACCAGAUGCACAUCCAAACAAAAGGAACUCCCAAAAAAGGAAAUCCAGAGGUGAUGAUAGAUCAGUGAAGGAUUCAGUGUCCAAUAAAGUGGAAGGCAGCAUACCUGAUGGAGCUGCCACUAAAGACCACAGAGCUACUAAGAAGCAAAAAAACAAUCUGGCUAGUGGAAAGGCAAAAGAGUUUUCAUCUAAAGAAAAACCAGAAGGCUCCCAAUGGAAGUCAAAGAAUUACCAAGAUGGCAAGAAUCCUGAUAGUGGGAGAUCACCAAAGGGCAACAAGGCAGCCAGUGUUGUGCAAACCUUAAAAUCUUCCGCGGAAGCAGAUGUACAACCAAGAAAGAGGAAGCUGCAAAAUCAGAAGGAAGAGAGAGAUUUGAAGAGAAGAAUAAAGCCGAAGAAGAGUACAGGCCCUGAUGGGAAAGGCGCAGUAGAUAAACUUGACAUGCUAAUUGAGCAAUAUAGAUCUAAGUUCUCAAGGCAGAGUUCUGAGAAAACUGAUGGUGAAAAGCAAGGUUCUAGACAGCUUAGAAGAUGGUUUCAAUCAUAACCGUCCAUUUGCCAAGUUUUGUAGAAUUUUGUGGUAAGUUAUUCUAUAUACAAAUUGAUGUAAUUGUGCAAUUGCUAUAGAUUUGUAUAUUUGUUUAAAUUUUGACAACCGUGGGUUAUUGCGGUACAUCCCGUUAAGUAGAAGAAACAUUUGGAACACAAGUAAUCUUUUUAAAGAGUAGUUGAUGACAAAA